AUGGCGACGCUCGCUGAGAAAUUCGAGAAAAUCAAGUCGCCCAAGCUUCAGAACCAGCAUCAUACAGCAGUCGUUCUGAAUGCCGUCGAAGAUACCCUGCGCGACCAAAAAGCCGAUUUCUCCGCAACAGCAUACUUUGCAGCUCUCCUCGCUCUACUGAGCCAGGCCCUCAACACCACCCAUGGCAUCGUGAACAAAGAUCUAGCCACCUCUGUGGUUUACCUGCUUGAUAUCACCGCCGAAGAAGUCCCCGCUCCAUUACUGCGAUCAAAAUUCGCCCAAAUUCUAUCCAGUCUCGUGCCCGCAUUGACACUCGCCGACGUCGAAGCUCCUCUCCUCCGCCCCUCAAUCGGUAUUCUAGAGACCCUCCUCGUUGCCCAAGAUGCCAAUUCCUGGGCCCUACCGCAAACACAAAUUGGUCCACGCCGCGCCACAGCUGGUCUGUUGAAUUUGGCCGUCGACCAUCGUCCCAAAGUCCGCAAGCGAGCGCAAGAUGCUUUGGUCAAGGUCCUCAAGACCCCGCCUCCGAGUCCGUCGCUCGACCACCCAGCGGCAGAUAUGUGUGCAGAAACCGCUUUGCAGACAUUGGUGGAGAGUGUAGCUGCAGCGGGAAAGAUCAAAAAGAAUAAACAUAGCAAACAGGACAAGGAUAGCAGUCACCAUGAACCGGCUAUUAUUCAUGCUUUGCAUCUUGUCAAGACCGUUGCCGCUGCAUCGGGAGGAUGGCCCAGCAAGAAAAUCGAACCGCUGUGCGAAUUGCUCAUGAACGUGUCCCGAUCAAGCAACGAAUACAUCACCAUGGGCGCAUUUGAAGUAUUCGAAGUGAUUUUUGAAGGCAUGGCCGAUGAAUUUUCGUCCUCGAAACUGCCCCGCUUAUUGGAGGCUAUUCAAGAAUUGAGACCGGCGCAAAACGACUCUCAACUUCUCCCACCCUGGAUCGCAGUCUUGUCGCGUGGAUAUGACGUUUCGGCUCAAAUCAACCCAGAAGACACGUUUGAGAAGCUGCCCGGUCUUUUUGAAUUGAUUGCUUCUUUCUUGUCGUCGCCUUCAAAGAAUAUUCGCAUUUCUGCUUCGGAAUGUCUCAUUUCUUUCCUCGCUAAUUGCGUUCCGGAUAAUGUGAUCCUCGAGCCGUCUAUUUACGAUGAAAAGACUUUGGAAAAGUUGGCUAAAUUUGCUUCGGAGCUUUUGUCGGUCAAGUACCAGGCCGCUUGGGUCGAAGUCUUCAACGUGUGCGCAGCGAUGUUUGAGGCUUUCAAAUGGCGAUCGACUCCUUACCUUGUCAAUAUUGUUCGCACAAUUGGCGAAUUGCGUAGCAACGAUUCCUUCCAGGGCAAGAAAGAAGCCGAUGAAGUCCUCGGUCGCGCGGUCUAUGCAAUGGGACCGGCCGAAAUCCUUCGCAUCUUGCCUCUUAACAUAAUCGAACAGAAAGCUGGCCAGCCCGGUCGUGUUUGGCUUUUGCCUAUCCUUCGCGACAAUGCUUCUAAUACGCAUUUGGCACAUUUCCGUUCGGAGAUGGUUCCUUUGAGUGAAGCUUUGUAUCAACGAGUCCUAGAGUUUGGACAGGCAGAAAAGACUGUUGAAGUCAAGAUCUUCGAAACCAUCAUUCAACAAAUUUGGUCCAUUUUGCCGGGAUACUGCGAGUUGCCGCUUGAUUUGGAAACGGGAUUUGAUCAGGGAUUCGCCGAACUAUUGUCGAAUGUGCUUUACAAACAAACCGAAUUGCGAGUCGAUAUCUGUCGCGCGCUGCAGAAUCUUGUUGAAUCCAACCAAGCUAUCGUCGAGGUGGAUACCGGUGCCGAUGGUGAGAAUCUUGUUCUACAACGACGAAUCACAAAAGCAACUGCAAAGAAGAACCUCGCCCAUUUGUCAGGUUUUGCGAGCAACCUGCUGGCUGUUCUAUUUAAUGUGUACAGCCAGACUUUGCCUCAUUAUCGUGGAUUUAUUUUGCAGUGUGUCAAUGCGUAUUUGAGCAUUACUCCUGAAAAGGAACUCGAGGAAACAUUCAUCCGUGUGACCGGCCUGCUCGAAUCUGAACUCCCAUCAGAAGAACAGGCUGCCAAACAGGGCAAUCUGCAAAAAGGCACAGACAACAACAAGAUGCCGCCGACAUCACACACACUCAUUGAUCUACUUAUCGCCAUGUCCAUCUACUUACCCCGAACGAGUUUCGCAAACCUCUUCCGCAUUGCGGCGGUAGUGCUGAACAGAGAUGCAUCCGAUCCCCAACUUAUCAAAAAGGCAUACAAACUCAUUCCUCGUCUCGCAACCACGGAAACUGGACGGAGUGCAUUGAUUGAGCGCAGCGAUGAACUACAAACUUUGCUAUUGUCAACAGCUGACAAAACACCCUCACCUGCCCGUCGCGACAGACUGCUCGCAAUUCACGAACUCGUCACAUAUCUACCAACCUCAGACCUGCACUUCAUUCCGUCGAUAUUACCCGAAGUUAUCCUUGGAUGCAAAGAAUCAAACGACAAAGCUCGUACAGCAGCCUUUGAUCUCUUGAUUCACCUCGCCAAACGCAUCACGGAUACCGCGCGCAACCCCGCGGGCACAGUGAUCCGCAACUCUCUAGUCCCGCACAUGCCAAACGACACGCCCGAUGCAGCAGCCAAUCUCGAGGAAUUCUUCACAAUGGUCUCUGCUGGUUUGGCGGGUACAUCGCCACACAUGGUCGCCGCAUCAGUUACAGCCUUGUCUCGUCUAUUCUUCGAAUAUCGCACCGAAUUGACCUCUGAAACAUUAUCCAAUCUCGUCGAAACAGUCGAAUUGUUCCUGACUAGCAACAACCGCGAAAUCGUGCGAUCUGUCCUUGGAUUCGCCAAAGUUGCUGUUGUCUGUCUGCCGGAAGAUAUGCUCCGACCCCGCCUCAACUCCCUCGUGCCAAACCUCAUGGUCUGGAGUAAAGAGCACAAGGGACGUCUUCGCACCAAAGUCAAGGGUAUCCUCGAUCGUCUCGUCCGCAGAUUCGGUGCCCCCCUCAUUGAGGGAUUGGUCGGUGAAGCAGACCGCAAAUUGGUCGUGAACAUCCGCAAGGAGCGCGAACGUAAGAAGAGAAAGAAGAAGGAAGGUGCCGAAAACGAUGAGGAUGACGAGGCAACCGGCAAAGCAGGUGGCUUCUCGAACGAAUUUGACAGAGCCGUCUACGGCUCCGAUGUCUCUUCCGACGAGGACUCAGACAGCGAAGUCGAAGCUCAACCAAAGAAGGGCGGUAAACGAGGCGGCCUCACAAAGGGAGAACAAUACAUCCGCGAACUCUCCCCCGAAUCGAAUCCUCUCGAUCUUUUGGCUCCCGACGCGCUGGCUUCGAUAUCAACCACCAAACCUUCCUUGCGCUUCUUGGAUAACGGAGUUGGCAAGAACCGCAAACGACACGGUGCAAAGGUCGAUGUUGACGGUAAACUGAUCCUCCGCGAGGGCGCCGACCACGAGCAAGAUUACGAAAUGACCAGCGGUGCAGGAGGAGCAGAACAUACCGGCGCAAGCGGUAUAAACGCCUACCUCGACGCAGUCAGAGGGCCCAACGCAGUCCGAAGGGGACAAAAGGGUCGCCUAAAGUUUGGCAAGAAGGACAACGAUGGCAUGGACAUUGACGACGACGAAGACGACAACAACAACAACGACCUGAAAUCAAAAGCCGGCGGAAUCGCAGCUGGAAGAAGAGGCCUAGGCGUGCCCAAGACCUACGGCGCAUCUACAGCAGCGAACAAGACGAAAGGCAGAAUUGAGAAGCGAAGAAUAAGUGGUAGUGGAGCUGGGAGGGGAGGAAGGGGAGGAAGGGGAGGAAGGGGAGGGUUUGUAGCUAGGUCUAGGGGGCACGGGGGCCGGCGUUGA